AUGAGCAAGACGGUGCCUGUAUUGAAGGGCCGGGAGUCGGUCAAGGUGCCCGCCCGCAAGAGCGGCCGGCUUGUCAGUACAAGACCUGCUGCCCUGCCUUUUCAAGACUGUGACUGCUCAAAUUCACGCGACCCUGAUGAUGGUCUGCUCUUCCGAUGCAGAGACUGCAUCCGUACCUCGUGUUUGUUUUCCUGCUCCCUGCUCCUCAGUCUCGGGGUGAAUCUCAUUUUCUGCCUCCGCUGUGGAGAGAACCUCAAGCCCUCCGCGACUUGUUUUGA